AUGUCGUCACGUCCGUCUCUACUAGAUUUGCGAUCGGAUUCUUCGAACUCCAAUCUUUCUACAGUCUCAAAACCCUUGCGCUCACCUCGCCUCCAUGUUGCUGGCGAAGUUCCUCCUGAGCUGUCCCCCUUGGACGCUUUCGCCAUGCAAAGCCGCCUGCUCGCAAGGCAAUUACAAGAAAGCGCUAAAGAGGGCAACCGAAUGAGUCGCCUUCCUCCUCUAACUGUUGAGAGCCCAUUAAUCGUCCAGGGUCGCUCUGAGUACUUUCGCUCAUUGUCACAAGAUUCAGGCUCCGAAGCCGGUGAUCACCCCCCUCUGCGCCCUAGUUCUGGUCUCGCGGUAAGGACAGAGGUGGAGGAUGCCUUCAGCGAUGACGCUGAGCGCCCUGUGUCUAUGCAUCCACGAAUGAGCCGAAUACCGCCUACUCCCGAUGAAGAGGUACCCGCAGUGCCUCCACGAGCUCCGUCUCGAGGACGGGUAUUAGAUCACAUUGAUGAGACAGGCUCAUUUUUCGGCGCCAGGAGGGAACGAUCGCCCUCACCGUUACAUAGUGAUACGCAGUCACAGUUUGACAAGCGAGUUGAAUCAUCUCCGUCUCGGAAAGACGACGCUGCCUCGCUACUUUCUGCCCGACGACCAAGCGGCUCGAUCAGCGAAUCAGUCACCUGCUCACCAGAAAAGCCCAAGCAUUCAUAUGAUGAACUCGGACUGGCGCCACCUCUGACCUCAUUUCAUCAAAGACGACGUACACCCAGCAAUGUCUCAUCUCCGGCAUUGCCUACUGACGAGGAUGGCUCUAGUGGUAUGGCGGCUUCGUUUCACUCACUACCUCCACGGAAGCUAUCUUCUGCAAGUGCAAUGACAUCCCCUGCGGUAGGCUCUUAUCGACGAUCUCCUUCCAUUGGCUCCGAAUCCUCUGCGCUUCCUCGACCGUCUUUCAACUUUUCAAGACCUAUGAGCAGGUCUGGCACACCUGGUAUGGAGCUACCCUUGAGACAAGCUUCCUCUGAUAGCCAGCCUUCGUUCAUUUUGGCUGAUGAGUCGGCUCAUACACCAGUGAGCAUGCAUAGUGAGGCUUUCCUUGAGCAACAGGCCGAAGACCGUGAUAAGGGUGCGCCAUCCUACAUCUAUUCCAAAUUCUCACUCCCGAGAGGCAAGACCAUUCAGCGCGCGGAACCAGAUGAAAAUAAUCCGCAGGCUUCCUUCCAUUGGGAACAAUCCAUGGUGCCCCCAAGCGACGUCCACCGAUUUGAGAAUGCCCCUCCACCAUCACCUCCUACUCGACCUACAAGUUCCUCCGCCAAUACCGUUCCAGACGAUUCCCUGGCGUCGAGUAGCUCAAUGCCGAAGGCAUCAAUCGAGCUGAGAAAGGUUCAUUCGGAGACGACACCGCCACCGAUGCCCCAGCUAUCACCGACUGCAAGCAGACCAUCUGCUGAGGAGCCGCGUGCAUCAGAGGACGCGCCUAGAGGCCGAGGUCGAACGCCCGUGUCGAUAGCCACGAGUGACACAGCAAGCACGAUCAAACCACCCCCAACCGCUCGCUCGACAGCACCUACAGCAUCAGAAAUGAGUGCAGAAGAGCACUUGGCGAAGGGUAUCGCAUGUCAUGAAAGUGGAGACCUCAAAGAGUCCACAUACCACCUCAGAUAUGCAGCACGUCUAGGUGACCCGACCGCUAUGCUCCUCUAUGCGCUUGCCUGCCGUCAUGGAUGGGGUAUGCGUGCUAAUCAGAAAGAGGGCGUGGAAUGGCUUAGAAAGGCCGCGGAAUGCGCUAGUGUCGAGAUCGCGGAUGACGAGAGUCAUGUCAAGGAGGGCAAGCAUGUUGACGUUGUGGAACGAAGAACUCGAAAAGCCCAAUUUGCCCUGAGCAUUUACGAAUUGGGAGUGAGUCACAUGAAUGGCUGGGGUAUUGAGCAGGAUAAGUCACUGGCUCUCAGGUGCUUCGAGAUCGCCGGUAACUGGGGCGAUGUCGAUGCGCUGGCUGAAGCUGGCUUCUGCUAUGCACAAGGUAUUGGAUGCAAAAAGAAUCUGAAGAAGAGCGCCAAAUUCUAUCGCAUGGCUGAAGCCAAGGGUAUGAGCAUGGUCGGGAAUAGCUGGAUUCACAAGGCCAAAUACGAUGACGACGGCGAGUCAACCGCGUCCAAGAAAGACAAGAAGAAGGCCCGCAGCAAAUCUCGAACCAGAAACAUGUUUGGACUGAAGUGA